ACACAAGAAUCGGCAACAAUUUUCUCCGCACCGCAACACGCGGAGAGGGGGAAACGAAAAAAAAGGAAAGAUAGAUACGCGCUGGUAUAUUAACCGGUUUGCUUACGAAAAACUCAAAUAUCAACUAAAAAUAGUAGAAACGACAAUUAUUGGUGUAUAUUAUUUCAAAGUAACAUAACACAAAAUCUGACAAACACGAAAAAUAUUCAAUCGUGAUGUGUAUUAAUUGUCCAUAUUUUUCUCUUAUAUUCUUGAACUGUCAACGUUCUUUUUUGGUGAAAAAUCUACGUACCAUAUAAACCCUCUCAGUUAAGAAUUAGAUCGUCUAGUUUUCUGAAAGUGGUAACAAUUAUAAUUCAAAUCAGUUUUCAUUUAAACAAGGUUUGAUUGUGAAUUAAAUAUUUUCUCUAUUUUUUUUUGUGUGAAAGUAUUAUUUGUUAGUGAACAGUGUAUGCUACGUGACAUAGACUUAUAUGCAGUAAAUUGUAAAAACUUGGAAAAAAAACAAUAAUUCACUUUGUUUAUUAUAUAUUUUAAGUUGUAAAUAUAAUAAAUAUUUGUUUAAAAUUCAUCAAGCUUUCUAUUUUACUAAAAUUGAAUCAUCGCCUGUGGAUUGAAGUAAAACCGUUUUUGGCUGAUUAUUAAUUUGUACCGUGUUACACAAACUUCUGUAUGAUGGAAACAGUGGCGUUAGUAACUUCAUCUGACGAUGAUGAUGAUGUGUAUUUAAAUUCUGUCGCAAAAUUAAAAGCCUUAACAAAACAGGUGCCAUUGCAGUCUAACAAAGAGAUCACCGAAAAGAAGGAAGAAACAGAAAUAGAAGGGUUGAAGCACAUAAUUAUUUCCACAAAGCCUAUGAUAACAAGAUCAAAGAAAACAAAGGCUAAUAAAAGUACAUCAGGUCCUCGAACAAGGAGUCAAAGACGAAGAAAAAAUUCAGUAGACCAUGAUUCAGAUGUAGAAAUUGUUUCUGUUGAAAAUAUGGUAAAUGCUGUAGUGGAAAGACCAAUUGUUGUUGAAGAAAAAAUUAAUUCUGUCGAAAAAAAUGAUGUGGUAGUAGUAGAAAAGAUUAUAGAUUCUAGUGAGGAUGAAAACUAUGAUAUAAAUAUCAAGAUUCUUUGGAGAUCAAAAAAUAUGCAUCGUUUAAGUAUUUGCCAAAAUGAAAAUUUUCAAAAAAUUUUCGAACAUUUUGCAAAUUUGGAAGGGGUUUCUACAAAUGAAAUUAUGUUAACUAAAAGAGACAGGACUAUUAAGAAAACUGAUACUCCAACUUCUAUAAACUUGUCUGUAAUUGACAUACUUGAAGGAGGUGUUAUAAAGAAAGACACUACGGAAGAAAAACCCGACGAAGACGCCUGUAUUAUAAAAGUGCAAACCACAAAUAAGAAGAGUCUAACGAUAUCGGUUAAGCAAGAUGAAAGUUUUAAAGCUCUUUGGGAAAAAUGUGCAGAAGAAUUAAAUAUUGAAGAGGCGAAAAUGAAAUUGUAUUUUGAUGGAGAACUGGUUAAAAUUACGGAUACUCCUAAUUCAUUAGAUAUAGAAGACGAAGCUUGUUUCGAUCUUCGAUUGUCUUCUUAGAAAAAUGUUUCAUUUCUAUUUAUUAAAAUAUAUUUAAUAACGUUAUUUAAAAUGCUCAUACAAGUCAAUCGUUGUAUAUGAAAGAUGUAUAUGAAAUUAGUGCAUUAUUACAAUGUAAUUAAUUUUUUUUUGUUCCUUGAAAUAUGUUAAUUAAAAUAGGUAUUAAUAACUUAAACGUAAUGUUGUGAUAUUUUCUUGUAAAAA